UUUUAGAAAAAUCACAAAAAAAAAUACAUUUUGUGUGUGUGGGGAUGGUUCUUGAUUUUGUUCAUUCUCCAUGAAACACAAAAACUUUAGUCAAUUGUUUAAAGCCCUGAUGUCUCUGAUAAUACUAAUUUUCAUAAAGAUCUAUAUUUUCAAUAUAUCCUUUCUGUCACCGUGUGACAAUCUCAAGAUUUUCACUAAGGGUAUUCAAAAUACAAAAAAAUACAUGCAUGAAGAAGCUAAACGGAUUCAACAUCUAAUAUAUAUAUACAUAAAAAAAAUAAUUAUGUCUGCAGUGUAAGUAUUGAUAAAAGAGGGGACCCUAGUUCCACCAUUGCUGUCACCUUUAAUGCUUUACUUUUGAAAAGAAAAAUUGUGCUAUGCUUGAGGGUCUUGAAUGAUUGAACAUGUCUAAAGCAUUAAUUAAGGUUAUCUAUCCAAAGUUAACAAAAUGUUUUAUUUCUCCUUUAGGGGUAAUUAUUCAAAAAAAAAAAAAUCUUUUGGGUGAAAACUGAAAAGUAAUUAGUGAAUGAAUUGAUAUAUUGUAGUCAAAAGAUGUGGUUUGCAUGUUUUAUGCAUUCAGGGGUGGAAGCAGAGGGUGCAAGGAGUUCAAAUUCUAUGAUAUGGAGUUGAUGAAGGAAAAGUUUUCAAAGCUGCUCCUUGGUGAGGAUAUGUCUGGUGGAGGGAAGGGUGUCUCGUCUGCGCUGGCUUUGUCAAAUGCAAUCACAAAUCUAGCAGCUUCUGUUUUCGGAGAGAUGAAAAGAUUAGAGCCAAUGCCAGCUGAGAGAAAAGCAAAAUGGAGAAAAGAAAUUGGUUGGCUUUUAUCUGUUACAGAUCAUAUUGUUGAAUUUGUUCCUUGUAAACAAGUUUCAAAAGCUGGAACAAACAUGGAGGUUAUGGUAACAAAGCAGCGAUCUGAUCUUCAAAUGAACAUUCCAGCUCUACGGAAGCUAGAUGCAAUGCUUAUUGAUUGCUUAGAUGGCCUUAACGAUCAAAGUGAGUUCUCGUACGUAUCAAAAGAUGAUGAAUCACAGGAAGAAAAAAACAGCAGGAAAGAUGACAAAUGGUGGAUACCUACUCCUAAGGUUCCUCCUAACGGCUUGUCUGAUCCAAUGCGGAAAUGGCUGCAAUUUCAGAAGGAUUCAGUAAACCAAGUUCAUAAAGCAUCCAUGGCGAUAAAUGCUCAAGUCUUGUCAGAAAUGGAGAUCCCAGAAAGUUAUAUAGAAUCCCUACCUAAGAAUGGGAGAGCAAGCCUAGGAGAUUCGAUCUACAAAAGCAUCACCGAUGAAUACUUUGAUCCAGAUUACUUCUUUACAACUAUGGACAUGUCUUCAGAACAUAAAAUUUUAGACCUCAAGGACAGGAUUGAGGCUUCUGUAGUUAUUUGGAAACGAAAGAUGCAUGCUAAAGAUGGGAAAUCAUCCUGGGGUUCAACUAUUAGCUUUGAGAAGAGAGAAAUGUUUGAAGAAAGAGCAGAACUCAUCUUAUUAAUUCUUAAGCAGCGGUUCCCUGGAAUUCCUCAGUCAAAACUAGACAUUAGUAAAAUCCAAUACAACAAAGAUGUGGGACAAGCUAUAUUAGAAAGCUAUUCAAGAAUAAUAGAAAGCAGGGCAUUCACAAUCAUGUCACGAAUUGAAGACGUUCUCCAAGCAGAUGCUAUGGCGCAAAAUCCUUCCAAUGGAGAAGUAAAGAGACCUUUAUCAGAUAAAGAAGAAGAAGGGAAGCUUAACUCUGCAGAGAAUGGAGCUUCAAUGACACUUUUGGACUUCAUCGGUUGGACACCUGAUCAAGAAGACAACAACCCAAAGAAAGAUUUGAAGGAGGACCCAACUUAUAAAGAUAUUAACGCGAAGAUUAAAUGCAGCCCUCCUAGCAUAGUCACCAACAAGAGGUUUUCUUACCUAGAGAACUUAGGUAUGUGCAGAAGUCCAACUGCACGUCACUAAUUGCUUGACACUGCAGAAUUUUAGUUUACCUCACGAGGACUGCCAUCAGAAUUCACGGAAUUCUGGAAGCUCGUCCUCAAAUGUACAUAUUCAGAUGGAUCUCACCCAUAUAGGAUUCAACUAAGCCAUUCCUUUUGUAAGUAGGGAAAAUUUAGUAGACCUAUCGAGUCUGUGGCACUUCUUUUGAAGUGAUUUACUGUGUACAAGAUGUCACCUUGUUGAAAAAACAAAGUGAAUUUUUUGAUUUUUUGCAAAUAGUACUAUGUUAUUUUGUAUGGCCUUUGGUCUUUAGAUUUUAUUGGAAAGGAAGUAUGUAAGAGA